AUGGAUCCCCAAGCCUGUCCUCUCCCACAAGUAGCACAGGCGCUGGAACCAUACAUCAAAUCCCGACACGAAGUCACCCGUAUCAGGAAUGAACUCCACGGCCACUUACAUAAACAUGCACAACAGGAUGGAACGCCACUCACGGCCAUGAAUCUGACCUCACCUCGCGAUGCUCUACCGCAGAAAGAAAUCCCAACCACAAUAUCUGGAGUCCGGAGAGCAUAUCUCAAAGCACUCCAAGCCUAUACUGCCGCACAAGGACGUUAUGAUUCUUUAAAAGCCGACUUAGAUGCUCUGAACGAUACGUCCAAAUCGUCUACCCAGCUAGGACAUAGCCCUAGUGCAGUGAAUGAGACUCUGAUCCCCCUUCUCCGCCAGAGGGAGAAGCGGCGAAGACUGGAAGUGAUCGAGCAGACGUAUUCUGCUGUCAUUGCCUCGGGAGGAGACGUCAUGACGACUCAUCUAGACGAUAUUAUCAAGAAUCACGCUGGAGAAGUACCAACGCCACCGAUUCAAAAUCCUCCUUCUUUUGGUGAGAAGCCGGACGUGGCGAGUCGAAUCCUACAGUUGAAGAAGGAUGUCCUGUCCACCAAGCACGCUAUCAAUAGAGUCUCAGCUUCACAACCCGAUCACGUGUCUAACAGGUCGACGACUGGUAACAAUAGUGAUGUGGCUGGUCUGCAGGAGGCACUGAAUGUUCUCACGAGCUGGAUGGAAACCCAACUCGCCACAAUUGGGGAUGCAGAAGCAGAUGCUCAACACUACCAGUCGAUUCCGAAUGAUCAUGAGCAGUCGAGCACAGUCAGUAUCGAGGACAUAAGCACUCGGUACGACGACUACAUCACCGCACGAACGAAGCUGCUCCACACGAUUUCGAAGCCAUCUACCCCAGCCCACGAGCCAACCUCAUGGUCCACACCUUCCAACGCUGGCGAUGCAACCAAGCAAGACAACAAUAAAAGCGCCGCAGAGAUACUGCUACCAUUACUACCCGCACUCACCGGUCUCAAAACCCAAGAACAAUCCCUUUUGCACCAAUCCUCCCACCUCCGCAAACUUCUCCUGGCAUCCGAGGCACAGACACAGCAACUUAUCAUGAGGUUAUCAGAGGAAAGUCAUCUGGUGCGUCCCGGAGCGGUGAGAGGUAAAGAUUGGGCUGAAGCUGCUGCUCAGGCGGACAGCGACACGGCGUCGUAUGUGCAGGGAAGAGUGGGAGAGGGGGAGAGGAGGGCGAUUGAGGCAGAGGAGAUGCUGGAGAGGGUGAGAGGGAUGCCUGAGUUGGUGGGCCAGGUGGUGGAGGUUAUGGGGAGGAAGACUCUUAAUUAG